AUGGCACAAACGCAACCACAAGCUCAACAAGAGGGUCACGAUGUUAUCUGCAUUGGCUUUACGCCCGCAGCAAUCUCUUUAGGCAUUACCUUACGAGAAAGCAGCCCUAGUACUCGCAUCCUCUUCCUAGAGCCACGAUCGAAAGCAACAUGGAAGCCACUUCCUGACUUGCCUGGUCACGCUCAUACUAGUCACAACCUCCUCAGCGAUCUAGUCACUCUCGAAAACCCGAGAUCAAGGUUUACGUUCAUACAAUUUCUUCACCAAAGAAAGCUACUCAUUGAUUACACAAACCUGGGGUCUAUACAACCUCCCCGCAACCUCUUCGAGGACUACUUGCAGUGGUGUGCAAAGCACUUCCAGGACAAUGUGCAUUUUGGUGCUCGAGUCCUGGCUGUCGAGCCUGUGUAUUCCAGUCGGAGAAAGAUUGAUGGCUGGAGCAUAUUUACUGAGAAUGGAAGCAGGAAGCUUUACACGGCGAAGCAAGUUGUUUUCUGCAUGAGCCAGCAGCCUUAUAUGCCUUCUGUCCUCGCGAAGCCUGCUCUACUACCAGGUGUCGUGCAUUCUUCUCAGUGCAUGAAACAGCUGUCGGAACUCACUAAACCUGAACGGAAGAUGGUCCGCAUUGCUAUCGUUGGUCAAACGCAAGCUGCAGCAGAGCUGUUCAAUACCCUUUAUGACAUUAGAGCGGAUCGAGAGGUGGUCUGGCUGGUCGAACAGUCUUCUUUACUUCCAUACACCCAAUCCUCGUUGGAUGCCAAUGAUGGAUUCUCCCAAGCGAACCCGGACUUGCCACCAGAAUUACGCCGGGCAAAAGCCAACAACGCAAAAGCUACCACUACAAUAGUCAAAUCGUCCCUACUCGACCACAUCUACGAGAACCAAUACGCGCAAUCCAUCAAGGAGCCCGACAGCUCAAAGUGGAAAUAUCGCAUCAAGUUCAACCAAGUCAUAACAAAUGCAGAAACGGCGUCGUCCGGCCUCGUAAAUCUCAGACAUCAAGACAAGACCAGCAAUCAACAAGUUAUAGAUGACUUCAACAUGGUCAUAGCGGCAACAGGAUUUACACGAGCUUCACUGGACAACCUACUGCCCUCGCUCAGUAGUAAGCGGCUACUCGACGGAAGCUCAAUAACGACAAAUGCAGAGUACGCCAUAAAUCUAAGACGUGGUGUAUUGGAGCCUGGUGCUGGCCUGUGGUGUGUAGGUUCCAUUGGCGACGAGGAUGUUGCAACUGGCGAAGGUGCCUUCAGCAUAAUGGCUGAAAGGAGUGUGAGGGUCGCCAGAAGUCUCAAAGCUUGUAGAGUGGUCGAUGAGGCACAGAAUAGCGAGCGGGUGCAAGCACAGCUUUAA